AUCAAGAAGGCUGUGAAAUGAAUUUCAACUAGCUGCAACUUCUGAUCCCUGACUAGCCCAGAAAAUAGGUCAGUUCAGUUUCAGCUGUUCGACUGUAAGGUUCUCUUGAAAGUUGUUUCAUUUUUCCCCAUCAAGCUGUCUCCACCAAGUUAUCCGAUGUCGUUGCCGCGUGUUUAUUUCGAUAUAGCCGCGGGAGGUGAAAAGAUCGGCAGAAUUGUGAUGGAACUGCGUUCGGAUGUGGUGCCCAAGACGGCGGAGAAUUUCCGGGCUCUCUGCACCGGAGAGAAGGGUUACGGCUACAAAGGAUCCCCCUUCCACCGCGUGAUCCCCAAUUUCAUGUGUCAGGGCGGUGAUUUCACCAAUCAAAAUGGAACUGGCGGACGCUCGAUCUAUGGCAACAAGUUUCCCGAUGAGAACUUCGAGCUGAAGCACACGGGCGCCGGUGUACUUUCGAUGGCCAAUGCUGGGGCCAAUACCAAUGGCUCGCAGUUCUUCAUUUGCACCGGGAAAACCACCUGGCUGGAUAACAAGCAUGUCGUGUUCGGCAAAGUCGUGGAGGGAAUGGACAUCGUCCAGAAGGUGGAGUCCUUUGGUUCGCAGGAUGGAAAGACCAGCAAGAAGGUCAUCAUCGAAGAUUGCGGAGCUCUCUGAAGGGAAUAAAUGCAUAGAAAUGCAUUGAUGUACUGUCAAUACUCUGAAAACACAUUGAUGUACUGUCAAUACUCUGAAAACACAUUGAUGUACUGUCAAUACUCUGAAAACAUAUUGGUGUACUGUCAAUACUCUGAAAACACAUUGAUGUACUUUCAAUACUCUGAAAACACAUUUACAAUAACACUGAAAUUCCCCUUUUCCAAUAAUUGCAAAUAAAAGGGAGCAUAAAUAAAA